AUGUCUUUUUCAUUUUUUAUCAUAAUUAUUGCUUUUCUAUUAUUGAGAUCGUCGCUCUUACUAUUAUUUUCUUCUUUAAUUCAUUUUCUUUCAUUUCUGGUCUUUCCCACUUCUUCGUUUCUACAUACCCCUCACCCCGCCUCUUCGUUUUUCAUUUCCCCCCACCCCGCCUUCUACGUUUCUACAUCUUUCCCCCCCCCCGCCUCUACGUUUCUACAUCUUUCCCCCCUUCCGCCUCUACGUUUCUACAUCUUCCCCCCUACGUUACGUUUCACAUCUCCCCCCGCCUCUACGUUUUACAUCUUCCCCCCCGCCUCUACGUUUCUACAUCUUCCCCCGCCUCUACGUUUCUACAUCUUCCCCCCGCCUCUACGUUUCUACAUCUUCCCCCGCCUGUAUGUUUCAACAUCUUUUUUGCCCGUCUCUUCAUUUCUGCAUCUUUUUUGCCCUCUUCGUUUCACCCCCCGUUUAUACAUCUUCCCCCCCUCCUUCGUUUCCACAUCUUCCCCCCCCUUUCCGCUUCUUUUUUGUCCCCCCCCUGUUUCUGCAUCUUUUCUGCCCCCUCUUCUUUCGUUUCUGCAUCUUUUUUGCCCCCCUUUCUACAUCAUUUGCUCUCUCUUCCUUUCUAAAUUUUUGCCCCCUCAUUUUUACAUUUUUUUCUCUUUUCCCUCUUCAGUUUACUUGUCUGUCCCAGUCCAUCCUGGGCACGCAUGUCUGCCUCCCCCACCCAGUCCACUUUGGGCGCACAUGUCUGCCCACCCCCCCGGUCCGCCUUGGGCACGCAUGUCUGCCUCAGUCUGUUUCCAGUUUGUCUCUCUGCUUUGGUCCAUUGAAUUUGGUGUUCAAAAGAAGCCAAUAUUUAUCAACAUCAUUCGAAAGCCACUUGACCGGUUAGUGUCGUACUAUUACUUUGUACGUCAUGGAGAUGACUUUCGACCCUACCUUAGACGACGGAAGGCGGGAAAUAAACAGCCCCACCCUGCUUUUCUUCAUCAGUCGCUCUGUCUGUCCCUUUCCAUUUUCGGAAGAAAGUUCUAUCUGUUAUUUUUUUUUGUCAACAAAAUAAAUGAAGACUUUCCUUUUCUUCAUCUCUUUCUCUCCCACUUUCCUUUUCUUUGUCGUUUGCUCUCCCUUUUUCCUUUUCUUUGUCCGUCUCUCUCUCUCUCUCCUUUGUCAAGUCUCUCUCUCUCUCUCUCAAUUUUUUUGUCGCAAAAAGGCUCUCUCUCCUUUUUUUGUCUUUUUUCGCUCUCUCUCUCUUUUUUUUUUGUCGCAUCUCUCUCUCUCUUUUUUCUGAUCUCUAACUCUCUCUCUCUCUCUCCUUUAAAAAUCUCUCUCUCUCUCUCUUUCUUUUUUCUUUUUUCUCUCUCUCUCUCCCUAAAUUCUUUUCGCUCGCUCUCUCUCUCUCCUUUUCUUUGUCGCUCGCUCUCUCUCUCUUUUUUUUGUUCUUUUCUCUCUCUCUCCUUUUCUUUUUAUUUUUCUCUCUCUCUCUCUCCUUUUUCUUUUUUUUUCUCUCUCUCCUUUUCUUUGUCGCUCGCUCUCUCUCUCUCCUUUUCUUUGUCGCUCGCUCUCUCUCUCUCCUUUUCUUUGUCGCUCGCUCUCUCUCUCUCCUUUUCUUUGUCGCUCGCUCUCUCUCUCUCCUUUUUUUUCUCCUUCUCUCUCUCCUUUUCUUUCUCUCUCCUUUUCUCUCUCCUUUUCUUUGUCGCUCUCUCUCUCCCUUCCUUUGUCACUCUCUCCUUUGUUUUUUCAUUUUUUCACACUUUCUCUUCUCUUUAUUUACCUUUGUUUCCUUACCUCAUUGAUCCCUUCUCUUUCUUUCUUCUUCUCUUGUUCUUCCUCUCCUUUUUUUCUCUUGUUUUUCUGUUUUCCUAUUUCUUUCUUGUUUUUCCUCUUUCUUCCUUUUCCUCUUUCUUUUUUCCUCUUUCUUCCUUUUCCUCUUUCUUUCUUCCUAUUUCUUUCUUGUUUUUCCUCUUUCUUCCUUUUCCUCUUUCUUUUUUCCUCUUUCUUCCUUUUCCUCUUUCUUUCUUCCUAUUUCUUUUUUCCUCUUUUUCUUUCUUCCUUCCUUUCUUCUUUCCUUUUUUCUUUUCUUUUUUUCCUUUUUUCUUUCUAUUCUCUCUUUUUCCUCUUUCUUUUUCCUUUUGUACUUCUUUCUUUCUUUUUUUCUUUCUUUCUCCUUUUGUACUUCUUUCUUUCUUUCUCUCCCUUUUGUACUUCUUUCUUUCUUUCUCUCCCUUUUGUACUUCUUUCUUUCUUUCUCUCCCUUUUGUACUUCUUUCUUUCUUUCUCUCCCUUUUGUACUUCUUUCUUUCUCUCCCUUUUGUACUUCUUUCUUUCUCUCCCUUUUGUACUUCUUUCUUUCUCUCCUUUUGUUCUCUCUUUCUUUCUCUCCUUUCCCUUUUUCUCUCCCUUUUUACUUUCUUUUUUUCUCUCCCUUUUGUACUUCUUUCUUUCUCUCCCUUUUGUACUUCUUUCUUUCUCUCCCUUUUGUACUUCUUUCUUUCUUUUUUCCUCUUUCUUUCUUCCUCUAUCGUUUCUACUUGUUUUCCUAUCUUUUCUGCUUUCUUCUUUGUUUUUUCACCUUUUCUUUAUCUCCCUUUGUUUUCCUGCCUUUUUUCCAUCCAUUCUUGUUUUCCCUCCACUCCUCAUCCAAAACUCUUCUCUAUAUCUCUUUAUCAACCUUUUCUUUACUCUUUGAUUUCUUCCCCGCUCUCUCUAUCCACUUUUGGAUCUCUUUAUUACCCUCCCUUCUAA